GCACGCCAGUUCCACCGCAGCUGCUUUGGGUAGCGUUGCGUUAAUUGGACUUAUGCAUUUGAAUCCGAACAGUUUGUGUCUCAGGUGCAAAUCAGAGAGUCCUAAAGCCCAUACGUAUGGUACCACCAUGCGUGCCAAAACAGCACCGAGAAACUGACAGGCGAUCCGUGCCAGGACACACUUGCCGGUGAGGUUCCUGCGGUAAAAGUGCUCGAGGGCACUAGAGGGAUUACCAAUUGCUCCGUGGAAUGUCAAUGCGUGAACAACAGAGAUGAGAACCAAGUGGCAACAUUGAAUCUGCCACAACGGGGUCCGCCUUCGCUGGUGCAGUGUCCGCCUUCCAUGCAAGACAGACUGCGAGCGAAAGCAAUUGCUGAAAGCAGGAGUAGAAGUUACCGUAGCUGAAGAUGUCUGAUAAUGGGGAAGUCGAGGACAAGCCACCAGCACCGCCCAUGAGGAACACCAGCACCAUGAUUGGGGCCAGCAGCAAGGACACGGGGCCCCUCAACCAUGGCUCCAAGCCGCUGCCCCCCAACCCUGAAGACAAGAAGAAGAAGGACCGCUCCAUCCGCUCCAUACUCACCGGGGGAGGGGACAAAACUAAUAAGAAGAAGGAGCGGCCGGAGAUCUCGUUGCCGUCGGACUUUGAGCACACCAUCCACGUGGGCUUCGACGCCGUCACCGGGGAAUUCACUGGCAUGCCGGAGCAGUGGGCCCGGCUCCUCCAGACCUCCAACAUCACCAAGCUGGAGCAGAAGAAGAACCCGCAAGCCGUGCUGGACGUACUCAAGUUCUACGACUCCAAAGAGACCUCCAACAGCCAGAAGUACAUGAGCUUCACAGAUAAAACCUCAGACAGCUACAGCUCUUCAAAUAUCUCAAACUCGAAGGCCGUGUCCGAGACCCCCGCCGUGGCAACCGUGUCCGAGGACGACGAUGAAGACGAGGCCACCCCGCCCCCUGUGAUCGCCCCCAGACCAGAGCACACCAAAUCAAUAUACACCCGGUCUGUGAUCGAGCCCCUCCCAGCACCGCCCCCCACCAAAGAUGCUGCCACCUCGCCCAUCUCUCCCCCGGCAGAGAACAGCAGCCCCACCCCAUCAGCCACCCUACCCCGCGCCGCGGACAAGACCAGGAAGAAGACCAAGAUGUCCGACGAGGAGAUUCUGGAGAAGCUACGGAGCAUCGUCAGCGUGGGCGACCCCAAGAAGAAGUACACGCGAUUCGAAAAGAUCGGCCAGGGGGCAUCUGGAACAGUGUACACGGCGAUAGACAUUGCUACCGGACAGGAGGUCGCCAUCAAACAGAUGAACCUUCAGCAGCAGCCCAAGAAGGAACUCAUCAUCAAUGAGAUCCUGGUGAUGAGGGAAAACAAGAACCCCAACAUCGUCAAUUAUUUAGACAGUUACCUGGUUGGGGAUGAGCUGUGGGUGGUGAUGGAGUACCUGGCUGGUGGCUCUUUGACAGAUGUGGUGACGGAGACCUGCAUGGAUGAAGCACAGAUUGCUGCAGUGUGCCGUGAAUGUCUACAAGCACUGGAGUUCCUGCAUUCAAACCAAGUGAUACAUCGAGAUAUUAAGAGUGACAACAUCCUGUUGGGCAUGGAUGGGUCCGUCAAGCUCACUGAUUUCGGGUUCUGCGCCCAGAUCACCCCAGAGCAGAGCAAGCGCAGCACCAUGGUGGGGACGCCGUACUGGAUGGCCCCGGAGGUGGUGACCCGUAAAGCCUACGGCCCCAAAGUGGACAUCUGGUCCCUGGGCAUCAUGGCCAUCGAGAUGAUCGAAGGGGAGCCGCCCUACCUCAACGAGAACCCGCUGAGGGCACUGUACCUCAUCGCAACCAAUGGCACUCCAGAGCUGCAGAACCCCGAGAAGCUGUCUGCGAUAUUCCGGGAUUUCCUGAACCGCUGCCUGGAGAUGGACGUGGAGAAGAGAGGCUCAGCCAAGGAGCUGCUGCAGCACCAGUUCCUGAAAGUGGCCAAGCCCCUCUCAAGCCUCACUCCCCUCAUCCUGGCGGCUAAAGAGGCAGCCAAGAACAACCGCUAGCUAUAGGGCCCCCCCCUCACGUCCGUUUGCCCUCUCUCUCCUGGGGGCCCACGGGGGGCCUGUGUGCCUAUUCUCUGGGCCUCUCGUUCCUGUGGCAGGGUUGGGGACGUCACUUCAGAGGUUCUGAACAAGGACAAUGAAAAACGAACAAACUGACGAUUUCCCCCUGAAACCGUCCCGGGAAGACUCUCUGUACAAUUCAAACACUGAAGGAGUUCUCCUGCCUCAGUUGUAAUUUUGUUUGUUUGUCAUUUUAUUUUUUUCUUGUAGUAAAAGUGCAUUUUUGAUUCUCUUUUUAAAGGUGUUUUCUUUUUUUUGGGAAGGGGUGGUUCGAAUGUAGCCUAGUUUAUCUUAAUAAAUUAAGUCUGGUUCUGUUGAACUGCAGUCUGAGCUUUGAUGAAGAAAAAUGAUUUUUUUUUCUCUCUCCAGUGAUGUUGGGAUUGUAUGGGAAAUGGUACGCAUGUCAACGAUUUAAAUUAAAAAAUAUGUCUGUAAUAAUAAUUAAAAUGGAUGAAAACAUAAUAAUAAUACACAAUUGAUUCUUGGACAAAGUGUAAUGAAGUACAAAUUUAGUCAUGUGCUGCAAUGGUACAGUGUUAUUACAAUGGUACAAUGUUAGUUCGAACCUUAACUGUUUCUCCUGUUUCUUGUGGAAAGAACUGCAGAUAUGCAGGGAAGUUCAAUAAUAUCUAUGGCAAGGUGUUUGUCUUAUCACCUUUGAAUUGAAAAUCAUAAUUGUGAAUGCCUAGAUGAUGUGACCAACCUUGAAGAAGCAGAUUUUUUAUGUAGCAUAAAUGUACCUCUUGGCCUUAAACCAUCUCGCAGGUAUUAGACAGUAUCCGGAGGGCUAUAUGAUGUUGUCAUAUUUGCCCCUGCGGAUUCACCCAGGCCUCUGGGCAAUGCUAAGUUUGGAACAUGGGGGAUCCAAGUGUUGUAUUGAAGAGCCUUUCAUAUUUGAGCCAUAAAUGAGAAUAAAAGUAAUUUUGAAAUUCUUA